AUGUCUGGGCCGUCACACGGGGUAAUUUUAAAAAGAAGGAUUCAAAUAUCGAAUUUGUGAUCAAAAGCGGACAGGCAGGACGACCAGAGACAAUGAAGACGGUUAAAAGGAGUGUGUGUGAUUUUCUCCUUUUACGAAAUGAGCUCCAAUACGAAAUGCCGCAUGUGUUCUUACCGACCCUGAGUGACAUGAUCGAUCUAUCACGCAUUCGUCUUGACCCAGUUCCAUUUUUAUUGGUAAAUACUGUUCUACAACGAUUACAGUCCUUUAUGAGCUGGUUACAACAUCACCCUGUCCUUUGUUACCACGAUCUCGUUCUGUCAUUUGUUCGGUCUUCAGCCAAAUUAGAACCAAGUGUCAUUCGCAGUCAUUCAUUUUCAAGGAGACGAUUGAUCCUAGAAAAACUUUCCGAUUCAGUCCCUGUAUUGUCGAGUAUGAUGAACAUGAGAGAACAAGAGUAUUUCUUUAAAUAUAUUCAAGAUGCCGUCAAUCCGCUGAGAGUAGAUUAUUUGAAAGCGCUGAAUGCAGGUAGAAGGAUGACUAGUAUACGACAAGAUUUACAAGUGGAACAAUCAAAUAUUGUAUCAACUCUUGAACCUGUUUUUGAGAGUAACCCAGAUAUUGUCGAGACGAUCAAAGUCUGUGCAAAUGCCAUGUGUAAUCAUGCAUCAUUGUUACCUUUUUUGAAAGCGUGUCAAGUACGAUAUGACCUUAUGGAAGGUAUUGUGGUAAGUAAAUAAAAAAGUGAUACACAAGCAACUAAAAACAAAUGAUUAGCUUUGUUUACAAAACCCUGUCGAUUUGAUCAAUAAAAGACAGAUGAUGGUUGAAAUCAUUGAAAAUCAAAAAGAAAGACUAGGCAAAUCAAGACAUUUCUUGAUAAACGGUAGAAAGAUAGAACAAGAAAAGUACAAGGUGAUAGAGAAUAUGGAAAAGGUCAAUGAAAUGGAUAACCAGAUUAUACAAUCACAUCAAAUAAUAUCAGAUGAGUUGGCUCAUUUUCAAGCUAUUCAUUCAAAAGAGAUGAUCAAGAAUAUUAAAGGGGUUGUAAAGAGCACAUUGAAGAUAGAACGAUACAACCUUGCAAUAUUAAUUCAAUCACUUAAUAAAUUUUCC